AGUCCCCCGGCGGGCGGGCGCGCUGGCCGGCCAGGCAGAGAGAAGCCAUUCGGCCCUCUGGACGGACGGACGCGCUGCUGGCCGGAGGAGGGCGAUGCCCCAGAGCGGCUAAAUGGCGCCCCGACGGAACCCGCUCCUCGCCGCCUUCCUCGGCCUCCUCGCCCUCCCAGGAAUAUGGUGCUUUAGUGAACUGUUUUUUGCGAAAGAGCCUCAGGACGUAACUGUUGCUAGGAAGGAGGCUGUGGUUCUGGACUGCCAGGCACGAGGCGAAGUCCCCAUCACCAUCACGUGGCUCAAAAAUGGGGUGAAGGUGACUGAAAAUGAACGGAUCUACACUUUGUCUAAUGGCUCUUUGUACAUCAGCGAAGUGGAGAGCAAACGUGGGGAGACGCUGGACGAAGGACAUUACCAGUGCUUGGCUCUCAACAAAUACGGUGCUAUCCUCAGCCAUAAGGCCCACCUCACGUUAGCCACUAUGUCUGCAUUUGAAAUUCAGCCACUUCCAGUGGAGGCGCAUGAAGGGAGUGUGGCUCGCUUUGCAUGCAAAAUCUCUGCCAACCCUCCUGCCAUCAUCACCUGGGAGGUGAAUCGGACAACCUUGCCAAUAGCCAUGGACAGAAUAACUGCAUUGCCGACGGGAGUGCUGCAGAUCUAUGGCGUCCAACAGAAGGAUGCUGGGAAUUAUCGCUGUGUCGCCACAACAGUUGCCAACCGGCGCAAAAGUGUCGAGGCAAUGCUCACGGUUGUCCCAGCCUCCAACAUUAAGCUUUUCCACAAGCCAUCCAUCAUAGCUGGUCCUCAGAACAUCACAACUUCCCUCCACCAAACUGUCAUCUUUGAAUGCAUUGCCACAGGGAAUCCAAAGCCUAUUGUUUCCUGGAGCCGUUUAGACCAUAAAUCCAUUGACGUUUUCAACACUCGUGUGCUUGGGAAUGGGAAUCUCAUGAUCUCGGAUGUGAAAGUACAGCACUCUGGAGUUUACAUCUGUCGUGCUACAAUUCCUGGCACGCGCAACUUCACCACUGCAAUGGCAACACUUGUUGUGCUAGCUCCCCCUUCGUUUGUGGAGUGGCCGGAAAGCUUGACAAGGCCUCGAGCUGGCACAGCUCGUUUUGCCUGCCAGGCAGAAGGCAUCCCAGCUCCCAAGAUGUCCUGGCUGAAGAACGGGAGGAAGAUCCAUUCCAACGGCAGAAUCAAAAUGUACAACAGCAAACUGGUGAUCAACCAGAUCAUCCCUGAAGAUGACGCCAUCUACCAGUGCAUGGCCGAGAACAGCCAGGGCUCCAUCCUGUCCAGGGCACGAUUGACGGUAGUUCUGUCCGAAGACCGGCCCAGUGCCCCUUGCAAUGUCCAUGCAGAAACUAUGUCAAGUUCAGCCAUCCUUCUGGCCUGGGAGAGGCCACUUUACAAUUCAGACAAAGUCAUCGCUUACUCAGUGCACUACAUGAAGGCAGAAGGUUUAAAUAAUGAAGAAUAUCAAGUUGUUAUUGGAAACGACACAACACAUUAUAUUAUUGAUGACUUGGAGCCAGCCAGCAACUACACCUUUUACAUAGUGGCCUACAUGCCGAUGGGAGCUAGCCAAAUGUCUGACCACGUGACACAACACACCCUGGAAGACAUCCCUCUGAGGGCUCCUGAGAUCAGCUUGACAAGCCAAAGCCCCACAGAUAUUCUCAUCUCCUGGCUGCCGAUUCCAGCCAAGUACCGGCGAGGCCAGGUCGUCUCGUUCCGCUUGUCAUUUCGACUCAGCACCGAGAGCACCGUCCAGGUUCUGGAGCUCCCAGGCACGACCUACGAACACCUUUUAGGGGGCCUGAAGCCCGACAGUAUCUAUUUGGUUCGUAUCUCUGCAGCAACUCGGAUCGGCUGGGGAGAGGCCUCCCUGUGGACUUCUCAUCACACGCCGAAAGCCACGAGUGUCAAAGCACCAAAAUCUCCGGAGCUGCGUCUGGAACCCCUGAACUGCACAACAAUCACAGUCAGCUGGCAAAAAGAUUUGGAAGACACGGCAGCCAUCCAGGGCUACAAAUUGUACUACAAGGAAGAAGGCCAGCAAGAAAAUGGACCUAUCCUGCUAGAGGCCAGUGACUUGACACACACCAUCAGUGGCCUGGAUCCCAGAAGGAAGUACCAUGUCAGACUCCUGGCCUACAACAGUGUGGAAGAAGGCUACCAGGCAGAUCAGACGGUCAGCACUCCUGGAUGUGUCUCUGUCCGUGACCGAAUGGUCCUGCCUCCACCACCACCUCACCACCUUUAUGCCAAAGCAAACACCUCUUCUUCCAUCUAUCUGCACUGGGGACGACCUGCAUUCACCUCUGCACAAAUCAUUAACUACACUCUCCGCUGCAACCCUGUAGGGCUACAGAAUGCCUCUCUGGUCCUCUACCUCCAGACCUCAGAAACUCAUAUGAUGGUUCAGGGACUGGAGCCAAGUACUAAGUAUGAGUUUGCGGUUCGGCUACAUGUGGAUCAGCUCUCAAGCCCUUGGAGUCCUGUGGUCUACCACACGACGCUUCCAGAAGCACCAGCUGGUCCUCCGCUGGGAGUGAAGGCGACUCUGAUAGAGGAAGACACAGCCUUGGUUUCCUGGAAGCCUCCCGGUGGGCUUGGCACUGUCAUAUCACGUUACACAAUCCUCUAUGCAUCAAGGAAAGCCUGGAUCGCUGGCGAGUGGCAAGUCCUGCACCGGGAAGGAACUAUAACAAUGGCUUUGCUGGAGAACCUGAUGGCGGGAAACAUCUACCUCAUUAAAAUAGCUGCAUCCAAUGAAGUGGGGGAAGGGCCUUUCUCCAACGUGGUGGAACUUGCUGUCCUACCAAAGGAAGCAUCGGAAUCAAACCAAAGACCCAAACGCUUGGAUUCGGCAGAUGCUGACACAGCUAAUUCCGGCUAUUACCAGCUGGACCAGAAGUCGAUGACAGGCAUCAUUGCAGGUGUCUGCAUUGCCCUGACGUGCAUCUUGAUCUGCAUCCUCAUCUUGAUCUAUCGCAGCAAAGCCAGGAAAACGUCAGCCCCCAAAAGCAUCCAUCAAGCGUCCCACCAGCACUCUCACAGCAGCAUCUCUUCCAUGGGGGCCAAUGAGGUGGGCAAGAGCAUAGAAGACCUUGCUGAGAAUGAGGAAUCUCUACAGCCAAUGAUGGCGGGAAGCAGCUUCCUGGAUGCCAAGGGUGGUACCAAUCUAAUUAUAAACAGCUAUGGGCCAAUUGCAAAGAAGAGCGCCAGGAAAUGGCUCUUCUUUCAAGACUCUAAGAGAGGGAAGUCAGAAGAGACCCAGAGAUGUUUUACAAAAGCAGCGUGUUUGUAUCAGUCAGGCACUGCCGUCCUCAUUGGCAAAGAUGCCUCCCCACAGCAAAAGCCGAACUACCAGGCUGCAUACAGCAUCGUUGCUGACACAGAGCAUUCAGCAAACAGUGAAGAAAGCCACGAAACUGGUGAUUCUGGAAGGUUCUCUCAUGAGUCCAAUGAAGAACUUCACCUCUCUGCGGGCGUCAGUGCAACUCCAGUGACCCCCGAUUCCUUUGCAGGCAGUGCCCCCGUGUGUCCGCUCCCGAGUGCCUCUGAAGAGCCUCCCGACCAAAGUCCGCCGCCACUUCUCCAGCUGCCGCCUGCAGGGCAAAACUGAGCCUGCCACCAGAGCGGCGUGUGUGUGUCUGUGUCUGUAUGUCUGUGUGUGUCUGUUCAAAGGACAAUGAACAAAGAGCCAAAGCUUUAAGUGGGAACCCUGAGUGGCCAACAGGCGAUCCCGCAAUUCUGUCGACCAUUUUUGUUUUUUUAAGAAAUGUGUUAAAACUCACGCUUUUUGAAUGUUCAGUGCUCAACAAUGUGAAAGGAAAGUACGGAUUUCUGAGUAGAGCGAAGAAGAGAAGUUUUUAUAUAUCUAUAUAUCUAUAUAUCUAUCACUGGAGCAAAGGUGAUCCCUUUGCUUGAAUAUCUACCUCAGUUUGCCGGGUGGCAUUACCUCAUGUUUUUUUGUGUUGAGAGUUGGUCUCGGCUACAUAACUGACGAUAACUUCCUAGUAGUCCCAUGUAUUUUCCCUCCAUUUUAUGUGUAGGGUGUGAAUGUGUGUGUGUGAUCCAAAGGAGCUGUGUCGGCAGGUGAGCAGGGAUGUUCAGCUGAAUCUCUGGCUUUGAGGAAAAGGAGGGGAGGAAGCCUCUCCAUGGGGCAGGAGCAGAGGACCAGGGCCAGACUGGCAUCUGGAAGGAGGGACUCUGACUGCAGCCUUUUCUGCCAAACCCCCUAGAAGGUUGCCUAGCGAGGGAGCCCAGACUCUUAUGACUGCUUCACAAGAGGCCAGGGCCUGUUAAGUUGUUUUGCCUUCAGGGCUGCAGCCCUGGGAGGGGGCCAGUAAAAGCCAACCCCUGGGCUUCCAAACACUGAACUGCUUUCCUUUUGAGACUUGAGGGUCACAUCUCCCUCCUUUCCCCCAACCUGCCUCAGACAGUGCCUUCUUCUUCUGAUCACAUCAGCCGAGCAUUUUUGGGUCAGGAUAUGCUGUGGCGAAUCGCUCGGGCCCAGCCGUUACUCCCUAUUCCUUGACUUGCGCCCAUCAGGCAGGUAAUGCUAAAAAGGGAGUGUUUCCUCAUACUUCAGAGCAAUGGUGCCUUUCACUAUAUAGAUAUCUUAUGAAAUCACUGUUUUGCCUUAUGCCUUUUUUAGUAUUCAUGAAGUUGCUUCAGAGAACAGAAAGAUGCCUUAAAUGUGCUCUGCAGGUUGUGGGGUGCAAAGGGUCUCAAGUGCUCAGAAACUCUUCCCAUAGGUCUGUUUCUGGCCAGUCCUGGGCUCCCCAACCCUGCUCAGGGCUCCUUGCUUCAGAUUCAGAUGCUGUGAUCCCUGCAUUGCAGGGGGCUGGACCACAUCCCUUCCAACUCUACAAUUCUGUGAUUCUAUGAAAAGCGUUAGGUCCUUCCACAGGCCAGCUUGAGCUCUGCCGAGGCCUUUCUUAGAACAAAGGAGCCAGAGACUGAGCUGAACAGCUUCUCAGAAGAGGGGGGCACCUGUUUCUGCCACCUCAUACCCACACAACUCCUGUUUUAUACUACCUCCUUUUAAAGUUAUUCUAGUAUUAUUGUUUUCCCGUACUCAGGGCGCAGUUUGUUACUUUUUAAGCUGUCUUGCAGCAAUGUGAGGCAAACUGACAGGGUAUUGUGUAUUAUUUUGUUUUUAAGUUUGGGAGAGAAUGCGAGAGAGUGAAUGAGAAAGCAAGUGAGAGAGAGAGAGAGAGGGCUAUAUUCACCAAAGUUGGGAGCCAGUCAAUAGAGAUCUCCCCCUCCUCUCCCCCAAUCAGAAUUCAUUUCUUUUUCCAAAGAACGCAAUACUGGCAAUUAACUUCCCAGGGAAACCCCUGGUUCUGUUGCGGACAGCAAAAAAAUGUCCACUUGUGCCAUAUUAAGAUGGGAGCCAGUAUGCAGGUAUGUUUGGGGAAGAGGAGGGGGAACUAACAAAUCUCUCCCCACCUACCCUUUUUCAUUUUCCUUUGGUGAAUUGGCCUCUGUAGAUCUUUAGAAUGCAGGUGUAUGUUUGCUAGUGCUGUACCAGACAAGACCUGUUCACCUUUCACAAUUUUCUUGACGCAAAGGCUUUAAAGAUGAUAAUAAUCUUGUACCAAAGAAUUUUCUGUAGAAAAGAGAAGAAAGCUGCAUAUUUUCCAAAAAAAUAAUAAUGGUAAUUGAGCUAGUUAAAACUAUAGGUUUGCAUACAUUUUAUUACCUAAGUAGUUACUAACCAAAAGGAGGAGAGAACCAAACGAGAAGGGGCCUCUAUGGACUGUAGGAGUUUAUGGUCCAAAUUAGUUCUACAAUGUUAACUAUCUUUAUUGUUACAAAAGACAGCCUUUAAAGAAAAUUGAAAUAAGACCUUUUCAGCAUAUAAAAUCUCCAAAGACUUCCAAGUGUAAUUUUGUUUUCCUUUUCUUCAGCAACUAAGCUCUUUUAACAGUCCAGUAUUAGAUACAUUAUAAUAUUUUUAAAUGUGUUAUAUAUAUAUAUAUAUUUACUUGCUGAAGAAAAAGAAACUUGUCUCACCAAAGAUUUUAUUUUUGGUCUCAUUGGACAAAGCUGUGUCGGGCACAGUGGAGAGUGCGCUGCUUGAAGCCAGGAGACAAAAGAUGGCACGGUUCAUGCCGUGAAACUCCUGGCAUCCUUGGCGAGCCUCUUAGCAAUGGCUGAUAUGCCAAGGUAACCAUUUUCUUCUCCCAAAGACUUGUUUGCUGUGAAGUACUGACACUUUUUGACCCCUUCCUGAUGCUGUUGCGUGACGCCAAUAGAUCCCCCUCCUCAGCAGUUUCAUGCCAAAGACCCAUCAAGCUCCACGGCUGCUCUGGGAAUAAUCAAGAGGAGCAGGUGCGGCUGUGGGAACCGUAGUAGAUGGUGGCUGCCAUUGUUGGGCCCUUAGGCUGGAAGAUGCUUCGCGAUCUCUCUUGCCCUGAGCAUUUUAGACUGGGAUAAGGUUGCGAUAGCUUUCAAGUUACACGGGACUCCGUGAGGCCUCACAAAGAGCUCUGUGAAAAUUAAAAGUCUGCCUGCAUUUGUGUGGGCAAAUCUUGGCUCAUCUGAGUAAAGAUACUACUUUUGCCUCACACGUGUCUUCUACUGGAAUUCUUGUCAGUCAGACAGCGGGUUAAUUGCCUCAGUUUCCAAAGAUAUCCAGUUAACUAAAGAGAGUGGCUUUAUCCACAAGGUGAUCUGCCAGUAAAGAAAUAGCUUUUGUUCAAGUACUACUUAGCAGCAAAUGAAGAAAAAAACCAAAGAUAUUUAAGGUUACCUCAGUAUAGAGGCAUGAUGUGUUAGGUAGGUCUCUUUGCCUUUUUUUUUUUUUUGAGUUAGCAUUAUAUUAUAAUGUGUCCCUCCAGCCUGCAUCCAGAGAGGCGCUUAGCACGUGCUUUGCCUUUGAAUCACCAUAUGGCAAAACCAAGGAUAAUUCUAGACCCUUCUUUAUCCCAGGGUGUGAUGGCUAUGGGAGCAGCUUCCGCUGCUGAGUCCUAGAAAGGGUUGUAAGCCAGCCAACUUUCAAGAAUGACUCUUUCUUGGGGCUCUCCUUUAUCACAGAAGUUAUCUUCUAGAAUGUGAAUUUCCUUGGCCUUUAAAAAUGUCCAAAGGAUAGCUGAGUAAAACUGUCAUUUCCUUUACCUCUGAAGAGCCAACAGAGAACCAUUUUUGAUCCCAGUGGGAUCUGAAUUGGGUGGAAAUGAUGCUAUCUGGAAAGUGCAUGUUCUGGAGUAGUCCCAUUGGUUUCAAUGCUAAGACACCGAAAGAGUGGCCCCAGGGGGCAUAAGCGGUGUGCUGAGCCAUGGGUGCUUGCCCCCAAUGGCAGCCUCAUGACCAUGUGGCAAUAAUGCUGAUGCCAUGAUGUCCAAGGAGCAGGCUUUGCGCUUGUUAUUCUUACCUCUGGUAUUUGUGAGCAAAAUGUGCAGGCAAAAUUUUAUCUAGUUUGGUGAUGACUGUCCAGAGACCCCAAGUUCUGGAGGUGGGAAGACUCUCUCCCUUGUGUAGUGGCCAAUUUUUCCAAAUGUGUAUUAGAGGAUGAGCAUAGGUCCAGAUUAUAUAUUUUCAGUGUGAUGUCAACCCAAAAGCCAGGGCUGGCGUAAGGAGCGUGUGUAUGUGUGCAAUCUUUUAGGUCUUUAAGGAAGCUGGCGUGAUUUGAAAAGCCUGCCUGGCUCAUGUCUGGGAUGCUGAUCUCUCUUGAGUCUCAAGUGCAUUUGGUGUACUGUGAGAAUCCGCCACUGGGCCAAGUGCAAGAAUUUUCUAAAGACACAUCUAUCCAACCUCUUCACUGGCACUAUUUCUGGUAAAGUUAGAAAAUUUAAAGCAUUUCCCUGUGACAGCUUUACAAAUUUGUUCCUUUUAGUUUCUACCACUUAAGAUUAAAUAACAGCUGCUGGAUAUGAAUAUGCCUUUGCUCUGUGUACACAGUCCCUUUGAACAAGCUGUGGCUGAAACAGGAAGUCUUUGAUUGACCUUUAGUUUAUCUUUUUCUCUGAACCAGGAAACUAUGGUUACCAGCUUUGGAACCAACUAGGAUGUUAACACAGCUUCAAACCAUGGUUCAGCAUCCUGUCUUAUUCCAAAGCUGAUAACCAUAGUUUCCCAGUUUGGAUAAAACAGGAAACAGUGGUUAAUUGAAGACUUCCAAGUUUGCUAGCUAGGAGCAAAGGAGCUGCAUUCAUGGGCAAACACUCAUUCAUAGCUUUUUAAGCCAAGAUGUGGCCAAGCAGAUGCAGCCACACUCCCACUAUAAAACAUCUUGCUCAAACCAGAUCCACAAAUUUGAAUCUGAUCUGAGCAUGAUUUGGACCCAGUAGGAAUUUGUUGUUUUUCCUUCUGUCUUUUGUGCACAUACACACCCCUUAAACCCACCUUGUGCUUUUGGUAAAUGGCUUGUUCAUGAAACCUAGGCUUUUGAAAAACAAAAAUAUUUUUUGUUUCUGUUGUAUUUUUAAAUAUGUGAAUGAACUGCAAGUGCGGGAGUCCAGCUAUAUUUCUUUUGCGAAGGGUGUUCUGACUCCCGGCGCUCCUUCUGCUGUUUCUGGUAAGGGCAGCAACAGCUGACUGGCAAAUGGAGGACAAAGCUGAAUUAUAUUAAUUUUAUAUUUGACUCAGGGGAUCAGCUCUGUGAAUUCCAUUGCAUGAGGGCAGCUGGUGUUUGCCUUGAUAAUGAAUGUACCUUUUUCAAUGUAUUUUUUUAAUGUUUUGUUUAAUAAUGUGGAUUUUUUAAAACGAAAUUCUUUUUUUUUAAAAUAGCAUUAUAGUGAAUGUUAAACCUUGGUGUGUUUCUCCUCUUCCCCACCCCUCAGGCUUGUUCUUAUACUAGCACAAAUGUCAUGCCAAAAAUGAGUAGAAAUUUAAAUGCCAAAAUGUUUAUAAAACUGCUGUCUAAUACUGAUGGAUUGCACAGUUUAAAUAAAAGUUUCCUUUAGUAAAA